AUGGUUCUUGUGUCAAUAAACUUCAUCGAACAAAACUAUGGUGGUGGAGGAGGAGGAGGUAAUGGUGCUGGCACUAGGAAAAGUGGCGGUGGAGGUGGAAAUGCAGGAGGAGCAGGCGGGGCCGGAAAUGGUAUUGGUGGAGGUGGCGGAGGCGGAAAUGGCGGAGGUGGCGGAGGUGGAAACGGCAAUGGCGGAGGAGGCGGAGGCGGAAAUGGCGAAGGAGGCGGAGGAGGAAAUGGCAAUGGCGGAGGAGGAGGUGGAGGCGGAAAUGGCGGAGGAGGCGGAGGCGGAAAUGGCAAUGGCGGAGGAGGCGGAAAUGGCAUUGGCGGAGCAAUUGGAGGCGGAAAUGGUAAGAGAGGAGGAAGAGGAAAUGGUAAUGGAAAUGUAGGUGGAAGCUUAAAUGGAAAUGGUGGAGCAGACGGAGGCGGAAAUGGUAAUGGAGGUUCCGGUGGAGGCGUAAAAGGCAAAGGAGCUCUGUCUGGGGGAAAAAGUGGAGGAGCAGGCGGAGGCAGAAAAGGUAAAGGUGGUGCAGGCGGAGGCAAAAAGAAAAGAAAGGGCGGGGGUUUCCUAUUAGGCCUUUUUGACACUUACGAGAGUUCUAGUAACAGUGAAGACAGUGUUAGUGGCAGUGGAGGGAGUGUUAGCAGCAGUGAAGAGGUUUAUACAUAUGAGAGCUAUAGCACUGAAAAGAGUUUUGUUACGGACAGUGAAGAGAGUUAUGUUACUAACAGUGAAGAGAGUUAUGUGACUAACAGUGAAGAGAGUUAUGUUACUAACAGUGAAGAGAGUUAUGUUACUAACAGUGAAGAGAGUUAUGUUACUAACAGUGAAGAGAGUUAUGUUACUAACAGUGAAGAGAGUUAUGUUACUAACAGUGAAGAGAGUUAUGUUACUAACAGUGAAGAGAGUUAUGUUACUAACAGUGAAGAGAGUUAUGUUACUAACAGUGAAGAGAGUUAUGUUACUAACAGUGAAGAGAGUUAUGUUACUAACAGUGAAGAGAGUUAUGUUACUAACAGUGAAGAGAGUUAUGUUACUAACAGUGAAGAGAGUUAUGUUACUAACAGUGAAGAGAGUUAUGUUACUAACAGUGAAGAGAGUUAUGUUACUAACAGUGAAGAGAGUUAUGUUACUAACAGUGAAGAGAGUUAUGUUACUAACAGUGAAGAGAGUUAUGUGACUAACAGUGAAGAGAGUUAUGUUACUAACAGUGAUGAGAGUUAUGUGACUAACAGUGAAGAGAGUUAUGUUACUAACAGUGAAGAGAGUUAUGUGACUAACAGUGAAGAGAGUUAUGUUACUAACAGUGAUGAGAGUUAUGUUACUAACAGUGAAGAGAGUUAUGUUACUAACAGUGAUGAGAGUUAUGUUACUAACAGUGAAGAGAGUGCUGUUACUGACAGUGAAGAGAGUGUUAGUGACAGUGAUGAAGGUGAUAGCGGCAGCGAAGAUUUAUUUGGAAAUCUCCCAGACCUUUCUAAAAUUUCAUCAGCUGACCUUCCAGACCUUUCUGAAAUUUCAGCAUCAAUGUUACCAGAUCUCUCACAAUUAUCACUAGGAGAUCUUCCAAGUCUCUCUAAAUUAUCAUUAGGAGAUUUUCCAAGUCUUUCUGAAAUUGGAAGUCUUAAUCUUCCUGGUUUAGGAGGAGGACUUGGAGGUCUUCCUGGCUUAGGAGGAGGACUUCUGUUAGGUGAUCUUCCAGAUUUAUCGAAAAUUACAUCAGCUCAGCUAUCAAACUUAACAGGAAUUCCAGUGGAUGAUCUCCCAGAUCUCUCAGAACUAUCGCUAGAUGAUCUUCCAGAUCUUUCGAGCAUUUCAUCAACUGAACUUUCGAAUUUAACAGGAAUUCCAGCAAGUGAGCUUCCAGAUCUUUCAGAGCUUUCAGUGGGAAGCCUGCCUGAUCUCCUAAAAGGUGGACUAGGAGGAUUAUCGGGUCUAGGAAGAGGACUUGGAGGAUUGCCCGGAUUAGGAGGUGGACUUGGUGGACUUCCUAGCUUAGGAGGAGGACUUGGUGGCCUUCCUAGCUUAGGAGGAGGACUUGGUGGCCUUCCUAGCUUAGGAGGAGGACUUGGUGGCCUUCCUAGCUUAGGAGGAAGACUUGGUGGCCUUCCUAGCUUAGGAGGAAGACUUGGUGGCCUUCCUAGCUUAGGAGGAGGACUUGGUGGACUUCCUAGCUUAGGAGGAGGACUUGGUGGCCUUCCUAGCUUAGGAGGAGGACUUGGUGGACUUCCUAGCUUAGGAGGAGGACUUGGUGGCCUUCCUAAAUUAGGAGGAGGACUUGGUGGCCUUCCUAAAUUAGGAGGAGGACUUGGUGGCCUUCCUAAAUUAGGAGGAGGACUUGGCGGCCUUCCUAGCUUAGGUGGAAGACUUGGUGGUCUUCCUAGUUUGAAAGGAGGGCUCGGAGGUCUUUCUGGUCUAGGAGGAGGACUUUCAUUAGCUGAUCUCCCCGAUCUCUCGGAAAUUUCUUCAGCUGAAUUAUCGAAUUUAACAGGAAUUCCAGUAGAUGAUCUUCCAGAUCUCUCAAAGUUGUCAGGCAAUAUUUCGAAUUUACUAGAUAACCUUCCAGAUCUCUCAAAGAUUUCAUCAGUUGAACUUUCAAAUUUAACAGGAAUUCCAGCAAGUGAACUUCCAGAUCUUUCUGAUAUUGGAGACCUUCCCGGCUUAGGAGGAGGACUUGGCGGACUACCAGGCCUAGGAGGAGGACUUGGCGGCUUACCAAGCCUAGGAGGAAGACUUGGCGGACUACCAGGCAUAGGAGGAGGACUUGGCGGACUACCAAGCCUAGGAGGAGGACUUGGAGAUCUCACCGGUCUUGGAGGAGGACUUGGAUAUCUAACAGGUCUUUCAGGAGGACUUGGAGAUCUCCCAGGUCUUGGAGGAGGACUUGGAGAUCUUACUAGUCUUGGAGGAGGACUUGGAGGUCCCAAAGGUCUUGGUGGAGGACUUGGAGAUCUCACAGGUGUUGGAGGAGGACUUGGACGCUUGCCAGAUAUUGAAGGAGGACUUGGUGGUCUCAAAGGUCUUGGAGGAGGACUUGGAGAUCUCCCUGGUCUUGGAGGAGGACUUGGAGAUCUUACCGGUCUUGGAGGAGGACUUGGAGAUCUCCCAGGACUUUCAGGAGGACUUGGUGGUCUCAAAGGUCUUGGAGGAGGACUUGGAGAUCUCCCAGGUCUUGGAGGAGGACUUGGUGGUCUCAAAGGUCUUGGAGGAGGACUUGGAGAUCUCCCUGGUCUUGGAGGAGGACUUGGAGAUCUCACUGGUCUUGGAGGAGGACGUAAGUAAUUCAUUGAUAAUAUUUAUUUCAUAUUAUAGAAGGAAUUUUGGGUCUUCAAUAAUAGUUCUUUUCAGUUGGAGGUCUCAAAGGUCUUGGAGGAGGACUUGGUGGUUUGCCAGAUAUUGGAG